AUGUUGGCGUCUAAUACAUUAUCAAAGCCUGAACAUGUUUGGGAAAACACAUGGGAGUACCUUGCGGAUGGUCUUUUAUACAAUCGGCAAAAGCUUUUGAGGAUUGAAGGUUUAUCUCUUCCAGAAGAACAAAUAAAGAACCUAACGUUGCUGGAAAUUGAGCGUUAUUUAUUACGUAACAACUCAAGUUUAAGUCGGUUUCCGUCUAUGCCUCAACCCGACAGUGAAUCAAUAUAUUCACCAGACAACCGUUUAAUUGCUGACGAGCUUAGGUACGAUGUAAGUGCUACUGCCAUUGAAUUUGAUAAUAAUUUAAGCAGCCUAACCGAUGAGCAGCGUUUAGUGUUUGAUGAGAUAAUUGAAGCAGUUAAUAUUAAUGCGGGUGGUUUGUUCUUCGUCUAUGGCUACGGAGGUACUGGUAAGACAUUUCUUUGGAAGACAUUAUCUGCAUACAUUAGAUGUAAAGGAGAUAUUGUACUAAAUGUUGCAUCAAGUGGAAUCGCAUCUCUUUUGUUACCUGGAGGACGUACUGCACAUUCAAGGUUUCAUAUACCUUUAAAUUUAAUAGAAACCUCGAUGUGUUUUAUUAAACCGGAUGAUGGCGUUGUUGAUUUAUUGAAGAAAACGAAAUUGAUCAUUUGGGAUGAAGCACCGAUGAAUCAUAAACAUGCAUUUGAAGCACUUGACCGAACAAUGAAAGAUAUCUUCAAAUGUGAGAUGACCUUUGGUGGAAAAGUUAUGGUGUUCGGUGGUGACUUUAGACAAAUACUUCCGGUUGUACCAAAUGGCAGUAGGCGAGAUAUCGUUAAUGCUUUAAUCACGUCAUCGUAUAUUUGGAGUACUUGCAAGGUCCUUACGUUAACCAAAAACAUGAGGUUAACUGUAGGAGCCAACGCAUCUGAUAUAGAGGAGAUUAAAGCUUUUGCGGAUUGGUUGCUUGACUUGGGCGAGGGAAAGAUUGGUGACAGUGAUGAUUGUAAGGUGGUUAUAGAUAUUCCUGAAGAUUUGUUAAUCAAGUGCUCUGAGGAUCCUAUGUCAGAUCUGAUCGACUUUGUAUAUCAUUCGCUUCUUCAACUGUACAAAGAUAAAGAUUAUUUUGCUGAAAGAGAUAUAUUGGCACCAACAAACGAGGUUGUUCAAGAAAUUAAUGAAAAACUGCUUGCUUCGUUUCCUGGCGAUGAAGUGGAGUAUCUGAGUUCUGAUAUUUUCUUAGAUGGUCAGCUUUAUGUUGCGUUAUCAAGAGUUAAAAGCAGAGGCGGUGUGAAGUUGCUUAUACUAGACAAAGAUGAGAAUGUAACGAGUAAAACAACAAAUGUAGUCUACAAGGAAGUUUUUUCCGGCAUUUGA